AACCGGGGCGCCAUGCACCACCAGCGGGUGCUGAUCAACAUCUCGGGGCUGCGCUUCGAGACCCAGCUGGGCACCCUCAACCAGUUCCCUGACACGCUGCUGGGGGACCCAGAUAAGCGCAUGCGCUACUUCGACCCGCUCCGCAACGAGUACUUCUUCGACCGCAACCGGCCCAGCUUUGACGGGAUCCUCUACUUCUACCAGUCCGGGGGCAAGCUUCGCCGGCCUGUCAAUGUCUCCAUCGACGUCUUCGCCGACGAGAUACGCUUCUACCAGCUGGGUGAGGAGGCCAUGGAGCGCUUCCGAGAGGACGAGGGCUUCAUCAAAGAGGAGGAGAAGCCCCUGCCCCGCAACGAGUUCCAGCGCCAGGUCUGGCUCAUCUUUGAGUACCCCGAGAGCUCCGGCUCUGCCCGGGCCAUUGCGAUCGUCUCUGUGCUGGUCAUCCUGAUCUCCAUCAUCACCUUCUGCUUGGAGACCCUGCCAGAAUUCAGGGAUGAGAGGGAGAUGCCUGUGCCCCUGCCCCCACAAAGUGGAGGUUUGAAUGGCACGACUGGGGACUCCCCACCCAUGCAGCCACCCAGUAGCCUCUCUGAUCCCUUCUUCCUCAUUGAGACCACCUGCGUGAUCUGGUUCACCUUUGAGCUUCUUGUCCGCUUCUUCGCCUGCCCUAGCAAGCCUGAGUUCUCUCGCAACAUCAUGAAUAUCAUCGACAUUGUGGCCAUCAUCCCCUACUUCAUCACCCUUGGCACUGAGCUGGCCCAUGAGCAGCAGCACCCUGGGUCUGGCAGUAGCAAUGGGGGCGGGGGCCAGCAGCAAGCCAUGUCCCUGGCAAUCCUCAGAGUCAUUCGCCUGGUCAGAGUCUUCAGGAUCUUCAAGCUCUCCAGGCACUCCAAGGGUCUGCAGAUCUUGGGACAGACUUUGAAAGCCAGCAUGAGGGAGCUGGGCCUCCUCAUCUUCUUCCUCUUUAUUGGGGUGAUCCUCUUCUCCAGUGCUGUCUACUUUGCUGAGGCUGAUGACCCUGAGUCACAUUUCUCCAGCAUCCCUGAUGCUUUCUGGUGGGCAGUGGUAACCAUGACCACUGUGGGCUAUGGGGAUAUGCGACCUGUCACUGUGGGGGGCAAGAUUGUGGGUUCCUUGUGUGCCAUUGCAGGUGUGCUCACCAUUGCCCUCCCUGUCCCUGUCAUCGUGUCCAACUUCAACUACUUCUACCACCGAGAGACUGAUCAUGAGGAGCAAGCUAUCCUCAAAGAUGAACACAGUAGUGCACAGGGCAGCACAGUGGGGGGAGAUGCAAAGACAAGAUCCAGCAGAAACUCUCUGAACAAAUCUGUUGUGCACUUGGAAAACAGUGAGGGGUUCAACAAUGGCACCAGCUCCUUAGAGAAAACCAAUAUCAAAGCAAAAAGUAACGUAGAUCUCAGAAAAUCCCUCUAUGCUCUCUGCCUGGACACCAAUAGGGAAACAGACCUAUAA